AGGGUAUCAACUUGAUUUAUGGUGUGUUAAAUUUGCUAGCCAUCCUUAUCUCUAUUAAAACUUUCUAGCAGGGACAAAAGCAACUAGGAAAAAGAGGCAUAUAAUGAUGAAAGUACUCUAGUUGGCCAAAGCCGAAGCUUAGGAUGCUUCCCUUACUUGGACUUGGUUUUCUGGUCUCUCAUUCUCACCACUCUGCCGAGAAAAUGAUAGGACCAUUUAGAACGUUGAAAGUAUUUGACACUUUAGCUUACUUAGUUCGUGCUGUAGCCCACUGAGGUCAAAACUGGUUUCGCAGCUAAAACCUUUAGACGUUCAUGCCGUUCCCACUGAUUUAGUUGACCAAUCUUCUACUUGAGCCACAAGUUGAAGAAGAUAACAAUGACCCUUUACAUGCCCUUAUUCAGGUCCUGCACCACCUUAAGAACACUUGUUCAAGUCCAUGCCCACCUCUUUGUCUCUGGUCUCCACAAAGACCCACAAGCUUCAACCAAGCUAAUACAGUCCUAUGCCCAAAUGGGUUCCCUCCAAUCCUCAAGACAAGUCUUCGAAACCUUCACCCACCCAGAUUUUUUUAUGUGGGGUGUGCUUAUCAAAUGCUAUGUGUGGAACCACUUAUUUGAAGAAGCCAUUGCAUUGUACCAUAAAAUGUUGUACCUUCGAAUCCAUGUCAAUAGAUUUAUAUUCCCAUCCGUUCUGAGAGCUUUUUCCCGUUCUGGUGAUGUGGAUAGUGGUGGUAAGCUUCAUGGGAGAGCAAUCAAAUGUGGAUUUGAUAAUGAUGGUAUUGUUCAGACUUCGCUGCUCCUUAUGUAUGGGGAAUUUGGGUGCUUAGAUAAUGCUCGGGAGGUGUUUGAGGCAAUGUCAGUGAAAGACUUAGUUGCAUGGAGUGCCAUGAUUGAAUCUUGCGUGGAGAACGGGAUGGCAAAUGAAGGCUUGGACAUGUUUUGUUGGAUGGUCUGUGAAGGUGUUAACCCAGAUUCAGUCACAAUGCUUAGUGUGGUUGAUGCUUGUGGUGAUUUGGGGUCUUCAAGACUAGUUAAAUCGGUCCAUGGUUACAUUGUGAGAAGAAGCAUAAAAACUGAUGGGUCCUUGGAUAGUUCUCUGAUUAUCAUGUAUAGCAAAUGUGGAGACUUACAUGGUGCAGAGAUGCUUUUUGAAAAUGUAACUCGUCCAAGUACUUCUUCUUGGACUGCAAUGCUUUCCUGCUACAAUCAAAAUGGUUGCUUCAGAAAAGCAAUAGAUAUUUUUGUGAAAAUGCAGUUGAUGAAAGUUGAACCGAAUUCACUAACCAUGAUGAGUGUUCUACGUUCUUGUGCCAAUUUAGGUCUGCUCAAAGAAGGGAAAUCAAUCCAUUGCUUUGCUAUUAGAAAAGCUGUAGACUUUGAUAUUCUAAAACCAACAUUGCUAGAGUUAUAUGCUCAUUGCAGGAGACUAAGUGACUGUGAGAAGAUUCUUCUUACAACUGGAGAGAAGAAUAUUGUGCAGUGGAAUACACUUAUUUCGAUUCUUGCUCGCAAGGGUCUUUUGAAGGAGGCAUUAUUAGUUUUUAAACUGAUGAUAACAGAAGGACUAAUGCCAGACUCAUAUAGCCUUGCAAGCUCCCUGUCAGCUUGUGGAAAUGUGGGUCAAUUACAUCUUGGACAUCAGAUACAUAGUCACAUCUUAAAAAGAAGUUAUUUUGAUGAGUUUGUCCAGAAUUCAUUAAUUGACAUGUACUGCAAAUGUGGUAUUAUGGAUUCAUCAUACAAGAUAUUUGACAAGCUUAAACAGAAAAGUGUUGUGACAUGGAAUUGUAUGAUCUGUGGAUUUUCCCAGAAUGGUUACUCAUCUGAGGCAAUCAGUCUUUUUGAUCAAAUGUACUCUACCCGGCUUCAGAUGAAUGAAGUGACCUUCUUGCUAGUAAUCCAAGCUUGCUCCGAAUUAGGUUACUUAGAAAAGGGAAAAUGGCUUCACCACAAGCUCAUUACGUGUGGUAUGAGCCAAGAUACUUAUGUUGGUACUGCUCUAACUAACAUGUAUGCUAAGUGUGGGGACCUUAUAACUGCUCGCAGAGUUUUUGAUAGCAUUUCUGAAAAGAGUAUUGUAUCAUGGAGCGUCAUGAUUGCCGGGUAUGGCAUACAUGGUGAGAUCAAUGGGGCCAUAACACUCUUUAAUCAGAUAUUAGAAUCAGGAAUGAAACCAAAUGAUGUUACCUUUAUGAAUGUUUUAUCAGCUUGCAGCCACGCAGGUUCUGUCGAAGAAGGAAAACUAUAUUUCAAGAUGAUGAAGAAUUUUGGUAUUGAGCCAAACACUGAACAUUUUGCUUGUAUGGUUGACCUUCUGAGUCGAGCUGGUGAUCUCUAUGGAGCAUAUGAUAUUAUCAAAUCCAUGCCAGUGUUUGUGGAAGCUAGCAUCUGGAGUUCCUUGCUUAAUGGUUGUCGAAUUCACCAAAGAAUGGACAUGCUUAAUAAUAUUCAAAAAGACAUUUCAGAUAUAAGUAGUGAUGAUCCUGGAUACUAUACUUUGUUAUCUAACAUAUAUGCUGAAGAAGGAAACUGGGAUGAAUUUGGGAAGGUGAGAUCAAGGAUGAAACAUAUUGGCCUGAAGAAGAUUCCGGGAUACAGUACAAUUGAGCUUGAAAACAGAACUUAUAGAUUUGGAGCUGGAGAUGUUCCUCAUCCAGACAUGAAGGAAAUCUGUAGAUUUUUAGACAACUUUAAGUGUCUGGCACAGGAACAAGAUUGUAGCAUAGAAUAUAAUGGUACAUUAUCUUACAGUAACAUAUUAUCUUGGGACAAUAAAGCUAUGAAGUUUGGAGCUGCCUAAUUCAUUGAAGCCAUAUACUAUCCUCAUGAUUGAAACACCUGAUUACACCAGCAGUCGAAGGUAGUUCUGGUAGGUUUUUUGUUCAUGUCGUUGUAAUAUGAUGACAUAUACAUGCACAAAAGCGUUCUAAAAAAAGGAUGAGGUACCACUUGGCUAUGUUGAUAAGUUAGAGACGGACAACCUAUUCUGUAACUAACGAUUGAAAAAGAAAAUAAGUAUAAAGAAAGCUAUUAUUUCAUAUCA